AUGAUCAAGAGGCGUGCACGCGACAACCAGCUUCAGAAAAACAAGCAGCUUCUCCUGAAGCUCACAGUCAGUUUUCAUCAGCCUCUCCACCACGUGAAGGAGGGUUGGAUUGUCCAGCCCCUGGACCAUUUCAACCAACAAAAUAGCAACACCUUCCCUCAGUUUCCCAAUCUGGUGUAUGGAGCUGUGGCCUCCUCUGCUCCAGUCAAGGCAAAGCUGGACUUUUCUGAGUAUAACAACUUUCCCAAUCUGGUGUAUGGAGCUGUGGCCUCCUCUGCUCCAGUCAAGGCAAAGCUGGACUUUUCUGAGUAUAACAACGUUGUUGGCUUGAGCCUGUUGAAUGAGGCAGUUGGUGGCUCAGAGAAGUGUCUGUCUAAAGUGCGUGAAGCGUUUGCUGCAGUGAAAGAAGCACUGAUGAGUGGAAAUAUCAACCAGGUAGCCUCAGACUUUGGAUGCUGUCAAAUCCCCAAGGAUCCGUAUGAUCAGAUUGAGCUGAUGCAAAGCUUGGCCGACAUUUUCAUGGGAGCAGUGCAGUACAAUGAAGAGGGGGUACUCAUGUCGAUAAAUGAGCUCUGUGGCAUAAUGACCAACAGCAGCCAGGAAUAUCAGGAUGAGAUGGAAGCCUACAACCGCCUUGUUAAACUCUCACAGAUUUACCGAUUCACCAGUAAGGAGCCGUGUUUGGACAUCUCCUAUGAGAAAUCAAUGAAGGAUCUGAUGGACACGUCAGUCCAUGCCGGCAGAAGAGGAGAGAGACAGUGGACCUACCAGACAUGCACUGAAUUUGGCUUCUACCAGACUUGUGAGGACGCCACUUGUCCUUUCUCUGGGAUGUUGACCCUGCAGGAUCAGACUAAGCUCUGUACCACGCUGUUUGGUAUUUCCCAGCAUUCCCUGCCUGCUCGCAUCGCCUUCACAAACACUUACUUCGGAGGAGACAACCCACACACACACAGCAUCCUUUAUGUUAAUGGAGGAAUCGACCCGUGGAAGACGCUGUCGGUGGUGCAGGACGGGACUGAGGAAGGAGAGGAGGCCCAGACAAUUUUCAUUAAGGACACUGCUCACUGCGCUGACAUGUCGAGUAGAAGAGUCACAGACCGCAGCUCGCUCACGAAAGCCAGACAGGAGAUUGAAAAACACGUGGCUAACUGGCUAAAGACAGCUGCACAGGAGAAGCUGGAGAAAGGAACGUCCUGAUCAGAUCACGUUAUAACCCGAUCAGCCCUUAUCACCCUCGUCUGAAGCUGAUAAGAAAUAGUUAAUAAUCUGUCCUCCGCCUCCUCCUUCUCCUGCUCAUCAUCUUCCAUUUCCUCCCUCCUGUUCUCUGCCCCUUUGCUGUCCAUCUAUAACAAUCUCAUAGCACAGAGGCCGAUCUGUGUAUUUAUGUGUUGUGCUUUUCGAGAUUUUCCUCUUAUGUCUUUAUUUUGGACUUUGUGCUGAACAUUUCCGAUGUUUAGGCUGAUUGAGUUUUUAGAGGUUUGUGUUCUUAACAGCCAUUUCUCACUGAUUAAUUUUUAAAUGGUGCUAGUAAAAUAAAAUGUUUUUCGUUUUUUUUUUUGUUUGUUUUUUAGCUGAGUUUUGUUUUUGAAGUAUUCCUCAGUUGUCAUAACCAUUAAGUGUCACUAGGGUGUGAUAUUGCUACAUGA